AUGUCGGGUUAUAUACAAUCUCAAUUUCAAUAUGCCCAAUCCGCCGGUGCUAAAUCCUAUGAUGGUGGUGACUUUUCACAGUUCUCCAAAAGCCGCUUCAUGCUUCGCCGCGCCCGUGUCAAGAUUGAUUAUUUCGUCACCACUAAAGAUAAGUUCGCCAAAGCGCUUUUCACUUUCCAGGUUGAUGCGACGGAACGCGGCGUGAACGUCCGCGAUAUGUUCAUCCGCCUCUACGAAACCAAACGCCAUAACUUUUCCAUGACCACGGGCAUCUUUGCGCGUCCGUUCGGGUUUGAAGUAAAUCUUUCUUCCGCUUACCGCGAAACUCCUGAACGUGGCCGCAUGUCCCAGAUUCUCAUGCCUACCGAAAGAGACCUCGGCGUGAUGCGGCGGGCUUUCUUUCCUCCAUGGCGGUUGGAGACAGGUACAAAAUAUGUGUAUCAAACCGGGUCAACCAACAAUGGCGACAAAGUAUACGUCAUCGAUUCCUCAUUGGCUAAUAUUGGAAAAAUUGCUCCGCGGCAAUAUUAUGGCGCCGACUUCCAGGUAAAAGACAGGCUUUUUGAUUCACGUCCGUUCUCCAUUUACCUUCCUACCGACAACCCGGCUCUCCGCUUAUUACCUGAAUCAACAGUGUUCAGCCCGGAAAACUUUGGUGUAAAUGGUGAAGCCAACAAAUUUGGCUUCGACGAAAUCGGUAGCAAUAAAUACCGUUACCUGGCCAACUCGAUACUAAAUGCCGGCUAUCUUCAAUUUGACAAUGAACUGGGAUCAAAGGUCCGCCUGGUAUGGGGUGCACGCGUUGAAAACUUCGAUCAAUUGAUCGGUAGCGUGAAAGUGAGCGAUGAUCGUCACGUUCGUACUAAAAAGACCGACGUAUUACCCGGCAUCAACCUGACUUAUAAGCUGGAUCCAAAAACGAAUAUCAGGGUAUCCGCUUCGCAAACUAUCAUCAGGCCUGAGUUUCGUGAACUCGCUCCCUUUACAUUCUUCGAUUUUGAGUUGAAUGCAGCGGUACUCGGCAGCCCUGACCUGCAACGUACCAAAGUGACAAAUGCGGACAUUCGUUACGAACUAUAUCCACGGUCAGGUGAAACGUUUUCGUUGGGCGUGUUUUAUAAAUAUUUCAACAAUCCUAUCGAGCAAUACUUCAAUCAAAGCGGUGUUGCCACAAGCACUUUCAAUUUUCUUAAUGCCAAACAAGCUACAAGUUUCGGUGUAGAAGCUGACUUCCGUAAAAGGCUUGAUGUAAUCGAUGGUUUGAAAAACUUCACUGUGCAGGGUAACCUUUCCUACAUCUACAACCGUGUGAAAGAUGAGGAAAAAACGCUUGAUCGUCCAAUGCAGGGACAGUCGCCCUACGUGAUCAAUGUGGGUGUACAAUAUGAUCUUCCUAAAGCGGGUCUUAACACCACCGUUUUAUUUAACCAGAUCGGCCGCCGCAUUUUACUGGUGGGUAACGAACAGGUGCCUGCUAUCUGGGAAAAUUCAAGACCACUACUUGAUCUCCAAAUUGCAAAAAAACUGAUGAAAGAUAAAGGUGAGAUACGCCUCAACAUACAGGACAUCAUGAACAAAAGAGCAUUCUUCUAUCAUGAUAUUAACGACGACAAUAAGUUCACCAAAGCAAACGACGCCAUUGCCAUCAGCAGAUUGUAUGGUACUAAUAUCAGCCUGACUUUUGGCUACACUUUUAAAUAA